CAGAUACUCAUCUCGUACUUGCCAGAUUGGAUCAUCACCAUCCUCCUCGCUCUGCUCUUGGCGCUCAUCAAUGAUGUGCACGGCUUUCGAAGGGAAUUCAGCUUGGACGAUACCAGCAUACAGCACACGUACGCACAGGUAGAGAGGGUAUCCACCCCCAUGCUCGUCGUCUACUCUUUCGUCAUUCCAGUCAUCCUCAUUGCCGCGUUCUCCCUCGUCAUCAAUCGUAGCGCUUGGGAUUGCCAUGCUAGUCUGCUCGGACUCGUCCAGACUCAAGCACUGCAGAUCACCGUCGUCACCAUCAUCAAAGUCUGCGCAGGUAGACCUAGACCGGAUCUGAUCGAUCGCUGUCAACCUCGAGCUGGCAGCAGCAAUGCCCCAGUGUACGGUCUAGUGACCGAUUCCAUCUGUACAGUCGACGUCUCUUCUCACAUCAUCACCGACGGCUUCCGAUCCUUUCCAUCCGGUCACUCCUCGACGGCUUUUGCAGGUUUGACGUACCUCAGCCUCUACCUAGCCGCAAAGUUGCACCUCUUCAGUUCCAAAAAGGGCAUAGCAGCUAGCGCUUGGAUCGUGCUCGCUCCCAUGCUCGGUGCCGCGCUGAUAGCAGUGAGCCGAACCAUGGAUUACAGGCAUCACGCUACGGACAUUAUUGCAGGUGGAAUCAUUGGCGUCUUGAUCUGUAUGGGAACGUACUUUAGGUACUACCCAAACUUGACCAAUGCGCAGUGUCAUCGACCCUUUGCACCUCGCGUACCCAACUUG